GGUACGAGUCUGGGCACCAUGAAUGGCUGCAUUGUGCCCCGCCCCCCGCCUUUCCCGUGAUCUAUGCUGGUUACAUCAUCCAGACACAGUUGCCCCUCUCAGUUGGACGGGAUCUGUUAAGCAUUAAUCGACCAAUUCGCCUACAAAUCCGUGCCGAGAACCGAGUGUGCACUUGUCCCGAUUCUCGCUUAAGCUUUUCAUCCUCCUCCCUACGCUCUUGCUUCCUAAUGCACCCUACAAACCCUUGAUCAACUCGAAAUGGCACCACCAACAGACCGCACCGAAAUCCUCGCUCGCUUCCGCCGCCAGAUCGCCGAGGGCAAGCCCAUCGUCGGCGCCGGAGCCGGAAUCGGCCUCUCCGCCAAAUCCGUCGAAGCCGGCGGCGGCGACCUAGUGAUCAUCUACAACAGCGGGCGCUUCCGCAUGGCCGGGCACGGCAGUCUCGCCGGGCUGAUGCCCUACAGCAACGCCAACGACGUCGUGGUGGAAAUGGCGGCUGAGGUCCUCCCCGUCGUCAAGCACACGCCCGUGAUUGCCGGCGUGUGCGGGACGGACCCGCUGCGCGAUAUGCCGCGGUUCUUGCGGAAACUACAGGAGAUGGGGUUUGCGGGGGUGCAGAAUUUCCCGACGGUGGGGUUGAUCGAUGGGCAGUUUCGGGCGAAUCUCGAGGAGACGGGGAUGGGGUAUGCGAAGGAGGUGGAGAUGGUGCGGACUGCGGUUCGCUUGGGGAUGCUGGCGACGCCGUAUGUGUUUAAUGUGGCCGAGGCGGAGGAGAUGGCGCGCGCGGGGGCGGAUAUCCUCGUUGCGCAUAUGGGGCUUACGACGUCCGGGACGAUCGGGGCCAAGACGGGGAAGAACCUUGAGCAGUGUGUUGAGGAUAUCCAGGCGAUUCGGGAUGCAGCGGUUAAGAUCAAGGAGGAUGUUAUCGUGUUGUGUCAUGGGGGCCCGAUUGCAAAGCCCGAGGAUGCGAGGUAUGUUCUUGAGAGGGUGAGCGGGUUGCAUGGGUUCUUUGGGGCGAGUUCCAUGGAGAGACUACCGGUCGAGGUUGCUAUCCGGGAUACGACGGCGGAGUUCAAGGGGAUUGCGCUGAAGAAGUAGUGGCUGUCUGGGCAGUAUAUGUCACGUUACGCAUGGAAAGCCCUUUGGUUCCUAAGCUUGAGUAGGCUAAACAGUCUGUAUGCCUAGAGGUUCUGCGCUCUACAGGGUCCUGUCAGACUGUCAAAUGGCCAUUACCAUGAACAGCCCUGGUCUUUGCUAUAUCUAUUGCCAUCUGUGACAAAGAAAAACACGCCAAUCUCCCAGCGACCUUUAGGACAAUGCCCAUUGUCAGGCCAUAACAGAAUGUAUACCAAGCCUCUGUUAACGCCGUAGAACAACCGUGGUCUGUAUAACCUUAGAAGACGGAAUAGACAAAGCCACUGGUCUAUAUAAAACCAUCCACCAUCCCAUGCAUUACUG